AUGGACCGAAAGCAGAGUACAGAGGACAUUCCUACAGAUAACCGCCCAGAUGACUGUACCAGGAACUUAGAGAAACAUCUGGUAUCUUCAGAUUUUGAAGUAGAUGAUUGGGGUAUCACACAAGAUAUAUUUGAAGAGCAUGCCAAUAUCCAAGAUAUAUCUUCAUCAAAUCACAGCAACAAUGCAUCAUUUGAUUCUUUUAAACAGGUCAGAUCUUCUGAUUCAUCAUCAACUGUAACACAGAAUAAAAGUCACACACGAGAUGCUAAACAUCAAACAGCUCACGUAAGAGGAAAGACAUUUUCAUGUUCAGAAUGUGGCAGAUGCUUUCGAUUUAAAUCUCAGAUUGUCACACAUAAGAGAAUUCACACAGGGGUGAAGCCAUUUUCAUGUUCAGAAUGUGGGAAAUGUUUUAACCAUAAAUCAAAUCUUGUUAUACAUCAGAGAAUCCACACAGGUGAGAAGCCAUUUUCAUGUUCAGAAUGUGGGAAAUGUUUUAAGAUUAAAUCAAACCUUGUUAGACAUCAGAGAAUUCAGACAGGGGAGAAGUCAUUUUCAUGUUCAGAAUGUGGGAAAUGUUUUAACUGUAAAUCAUUACUUGUUAUACAUCAGAGAAUUCACAGAGGAGAGAAGCUAUUUUCAUGUUCAGAAUGUGGAAAAUGUUUUAACCAGAAAUCAGCUCUUGUUAUGCAUCAGAGAAUUCACACAGGGGAGAAGCCAUUUUCAUGUUCAGAAUGUGGGAAAUGUUUUAAGAGUAAAUCAGAAUUUGUUAUACAUCAGAGAAAUCACACAGGGGAGAAGCCAUUUUCAUGUUCAGAAUGUGGGAAAUGUUUUAACCGUAAAUCAGAUCUUGCUAUACAUCAUAGAAAUCACACAGGAGAGAAGCCAUUUUCAUGUUCAGAAUGUGGGAAAUGUUUUAACCUGAAAUCAGAUCUUGCUAUACAUCAGAGAAAUCACACAGGAGAGAAGCCAUUUUCAUGUUCAGAAUGUGGGAAAUGUUUUAACCGUAAAUCAGAUCUUGCCAUACAUCAUAGAAAUCACACAGGGGAGAAGCCAUUUUCAUGUUCAGAAUGUGGGAAAUGUUUUAGGUGGAAAUCAGGUCUUGUUGUACAUCAGAGAAAUCACACAGGAGAGAAGCCAUUUUCAUGUUCAGAAUGUGGAAAAUGUUUUAAGCAGAAAUUGACUCUUGUUGAACAUCAGAGAAAUCACACAGGGGAGAAGCCAUUUUCAUGUUCAGAAUGUGGUAAAUAUUUUAAAAGUAAAUCAAAUCUUGUUAUACAUCAGAGAAAUCACACAGGAGAGAAGCCAUUUUCAUGUUCAGAAUGUGGUGAAUGUUUUAAGCAGAAACGGGCUCUUGUUGUACAUCAAAGAAAUCACACAGGAGAGAAGCCAUUUUCAUGUUCAGAAUGUGGGAAAUAUUUUAAAAGUAAAUCAGAUCUUGUUAUACAUCAGAGAAUUCACACAGGAGAGAAGCCAUUUUCAUGUUCAGAAUGUGGUGAAUGUUUUAAGCAGAAACGGGCUCUUGUUGUACAUCAAAGAAAUCACACAGGAGAGAAGCCAUUUUCAUGUUCAGAAUGUGGGAAGUGUUUUAAGACAAAACCAGUACUUGUUAUACAUCAGAGAAAUCACACAGGAGAGAAGCCAUUUUCAUGUUCAGAAUGUGGUGAAUAUUUUAAGCAGAAAUGGGCUCUUGUUGUACAUCAAAGAAAUCACAUAGGAGAGAAGCCAUUUUCAUGUUCAGAAUGUGGGAAAUAUUUUAACUGUAAAUCAAAACUUGUUAUACAUCAGAGAAUUCACACAGGAGAGAAGCCAUUUUCAUGUUCAGAAUGUGGUGAAUGUUUUAAGGAGAAACGGGCUCUUGUUGUACAUCAAAGAAAUCACACAGGAGAGAGGCCAUUUUCAUGUUCAGAAUGUGGGAAAUGUUUUAAGACAAAACCAGUACUUGUUAUACAUCAGAGAAAUCACACAGGAGAGAUGCCAUUUUCAUGGCAGUUUGAGUGA